UGACAGCUGACGAAUAAUAAGCGAACGGGGUCACACUGACAGAUUUGGCGUGUGCUUCGUUUAAUUUUUAAUUUAAUUUUCUGCAAAACCCGAGCCAUGGCAUUCCAGUUGCCCACCACCACAUCUGCUCCAGCGGCAGGUGCGCCCUCGUUCUCCUUCGGCCUCAACACCGGAUCGGCCGCACCAGCGCCAGCGCCUGCAGCAGCCGGCGCCGUUCCCGCCACAACCGCAUCGUUCUCGUUCGGAGCGCCAGCAGCGGCUGCCAACAUUGGUGGAGGGGAUGCCGACACCGCCAAGGCACAGGCGCCGCCACCAUUCAGCGGCUUUGGACUGGCGGGAGCCACUUCCACGCCCCUGAGCCUGGGGGGCAGCCAGCCAGCAGCCAAUCCAGUUUCCACAGCUGCGGCAACGAUUGGGACCACAGCAGCAGCGGCUCCACCUGCCUUUGGCGGCUUCAUGGCUCAGCCGGCGGCGGCAGCGGUACCAUCUGUUGCUACCAGCACGGCCAGUGCUGCUCCCGUAACAGGAAUACUGGGCGGCAUUGGAUUGGGAGCCGCCAAGAGCACAGCCGCUGCUCCAACCACUCUGACAGCAGCUCCAGCAGCCAAAGCGCCGCUGGCGGGAACCGGAGCUCCCCUAUCUUUAGGCACCGGUGGAGCCUUCGCUAACCUGACCACCGAAACCAAGACUACUGAUUCGGCGGCCGUCUCCACAGCUUCCCAGCUGUCGUACAAUCAGCUGGAGGAGCACAUCAACAAGUGGACGCUGGAGUUUGAGGAGCAGGAGAAGGUCUUCACCGAGCAGGCCACGCAGAUCAACGCCUGGGACAAGCUGCUCAUCAGUAACAAUCAGAAAAUCGUCGAGCUGAACGAUGCCGUGAAGAAGGUGAAGACCGACCAGCAGGUGCUGGACCAGGAGCUCGAGUUCAUAGCCACGCAGCACAAAGAGCUCGAAGAGAGCCUGGCACCGCUGGAGAAGGAGUUCAUAAAUCUUCCAAGAGUUGAUAUGGAGCGCAGUCAGACCUAUUUGAUGGUGGAGAACCUGGACACGCAGCUGAAGCAGAUGUCAGAGGACCUGAAGGAGAUCAUCGACAACCUAAACGAGACCAACAAGGGACAGGACACCACCGAUCCUAUCAUCCAGAUCGGAAAGAUUGUCAACGCCCACAUGAGCUCGCUGCAGUGGAUCGAGUCGCAGUCGUCGAACAUCACCAAGAAGCUCGACGAGAUUGGCAAGAUCCACGACUCCCAGAAGCGGGAUGUCUACCGCCCUCAGUUCUAGCGAUAAGUUUCCAAAAACCUUGUUAAUUUGCAAUUAAAAUAAAAUAUCUUUGUAAACCUU